AUGGCAAGACAUGGGUUGGUCAAACAAAUCAUUGCUAGUUCUGGUGGUGGUGGUGGCAUCUUUUUCUAUGACUCAUCGCCAUUUGCAAAACUCUUGGAUUUAUGCGUCAAGUCAAGCUCAGCUACGGAUGCUCGUGGCGUACAUGGACGUAUUAUCCAAACCCCAUUUUGCAAAGAAGUUUUUUUACAGAAUAGGCUCAUUGACGUUUAUGGAAAGUGUGGUUAUUUGGAUUAUUCACGCAAAGUGUUUGAUAGAAUUUCUGAGAGAAAUGUUUUUAGUUAUAAUUCGAUUAUUAGUACUUUAAUGAGGUGGGGUUUUGUUGAUGAGGGUGCACGGAUUUUUUCGUUAAUGCCUGAGAAGGAUCAGUGCUCAUGGAAUUCCAUGGUUGCUGGGUUCGCACAACAUGAUCGGUUUGAAGAAGCUUUGGAUUGUUUUGUUAGGAUGCACAGGGAUGAUUUUGUGCUUAAUGAUUAUUCUUUUGGUAGUGGUCUUAGUGCAUGCGCGAGGUUAAAGGACUUGAAAUUGGGUGCUCAAAUUCAUGGUUUGAUAUCGAAAUCGAAGUACUCAUUGGAUGUUUUUAUGGGGUCUGGUCUUGUUGAUUUUUAUUCGAAAUGUGGGUUGGUGGAUUGUGUUCAAAGGGUUUUUGAUGGGAUGGAGGAGAAGACUGUUGUUUCUUGGAACUGCUUGAUCACGUGUUAUGAACAAAAUGGUCCUGCAAAUGAAGCUCUAAAAGCUUUUGGAAGGAUGAUAGAGAGUGGGUUCAAACCAGAUGAGGUUACACUGGCUAGUGUAGUUAGUGCUUGUGCAACGUUGGCAGCAUUCAAAGAGGGUGUGCAAAUUCAUGCUCAUGUGGUGAAAUCUGAUAAAUUUAGGAAUGAUCUUAUCUUGGGUAAUGCAUUGGUUGAUAUGUAUGCAAAAUGCGGUAGAGUUAAUGAAGCGAGAUUUGUUUUUGAUAGGAUGCCUGUUAGGAAUGCAGUGUCUGAAACCACGAUGGUCAGUGGGUAUGCAAAGGCAGCGAGUGUGAAAGCUGCCAGAUCAAUGUUUGCGACAAUGAAGGUGAAGGAUAUAGUUUCUUGGAACGCACUUAUUGCUGGAUACACACAGAAUGGGGAGAAUGAAGAGGCAUUGGGACUCUUUCGAAUGCUAAAGAGGGAUUCUAUUUGUCCGACCCACUACACCUUUGGGAACCUACUGAAUGCCUGUGCAAAUCUUGCUGAUCUGGAGCUUGGCAGGCAGGCACAUAGUCAUGUUGUGAAGCAUGGAUUUAGGUUCCAGUUUGGUGAAGAGCCUGAUAUUUUUGUUGGAAAUUCUCUCAUAGACAUGUAUAUGAAAUGUGGAUCUGUUGAAGAGGGACUUCGGGUUUUUGAAAACAUGGUGGAAAAGGAUUAUGUCUCGUGGAACGCCAUGAUAGUAGGGUACGCACAAAGUGGCUAUGGAAUGGAGGCCCUUGGGCUAUUUCAGAAAAUGCUGGAGUCUGGAGAGAAACCAGACCAUGUUACAAUGAUUGGUACUCUAUGUGCUUGUAGCCACGCAGGGCUUGUUGAAGAGGGACGACGUUACUUUUUCUCAAUGACAAAGGAACAUGGUUUGCUACCAGUGAAGGACCAUUACACAUGUAUGGUUGAUUUACUAGGCCGAGCUGGUUGCCUUGACGAAGCAAAGAAAUUGAUAGAGUCAAUGCCUAUGCAGCCUGAUGCUGUUGUCUGGAGCUCUUUGCUUAGUGCUUGUAAAGUUCAUCGCAACAUUACUCUAGGGAAGUAUGUGGCAGAGAAGAUUUUUGAAAUUGACCCUACAAGCUCUGGACCUUAUGUUCUUCUUGCAAAUAUGUAUUCUGAGCUUGGCAGAUGGGGUGAUGCUGUAAGUGUAAGAAAACUGAUGAGGCAUCACGGAGUAGUUAAACAACCGGGCUGUAGUUGGAUUGACACACAGAGCAAUUUGCAUGUUUUCAUGGUGAAAGACAAAAGGCAUCCUCGGAAGAAGGAAAUCUAUUCAAUAUUGAACCUUCUUACAAAGCUGAUGAGACAAGCUGGAUAUGUCCCUGAGGCCGGUGAUCAUGAGGCAUAUGAGGAACCAAGCGAAUUAGAAUCAAGCUCUUGUUUUCAUAUGGAAAUGCAAGCAGAGACAGCUGUCAUGUAA